UUUGGGGAGGGGGGACAAAGCAUUUCCUUUUUUCCAUUUUACAUCAACUGUGGAGCAAAAACCCAGACUGUCGUACACAUUUAGUGAGGAUUAAAGUGAACCGAGGAGGAUGCUACAGAAACUCACCGCGGUGGACUCUGGACGUUCAUUUUGGAUUUAGCAGCCAAAGUUUGACGUAAUUCUUCCCAGGAUAAUCAGGAAUAGGCUAGAGUGUCAUCGUGGAAGUAUUUCUUAAGGAAAAAUAGAGAUAUCCUCAACUUGGACUUGGAGGUAAUCUGAGAAAGUUAGACAAACAUUUAAAGCAAGUUGUGUGCAGUAGGCUAGUUGACGGUUUUUCAGAUGUCUCUGCUGAUGCCGACAGCGGCUGUCCAAUGAAACACAUUCACACCCCAAAGAAAAAAAGUACCACUUUUCUUUAUUUCUUGCAACUCUGUGGAUUUUUAGGAUACAUAUAUGACUAUAACUUCAUUCGUCGUUCCCCACUGGGAUUUUUCAACCAACACUCCCAUUAGAAUAACGGGAUUUUUAAACUGUAUUCUGGGAAUAACGACUCUUCGACGUUUCUGGAUAUGGACGGACACCAAGGAGACAAAAUAAAGGAGCCAAUCUAAUAAAUACGAUUCAGACUUUAUCAUAAACAUGCUAUUUGGGUGAAGUCGUCGGAAACUCGUAAGGGAAGCCCCAAUGAGUGGCACACAGUCAACACUCACUGACAGGACCCCAAGCAUUCUCAACAAAGACCCCACUGACAAGAAACCCAAGAAUGAGAAAUCCUCCGUCUCCCUCAAACAUGAGUUUGACCCAACAGGUCUUGUCCAGCGGUGUGUGAUAAUCCAGAGAGAUGAAAAUGGCUUUGGGCUGACCGUAAGUGGAGACAACCCUGUGUUUGUGCAGCUGGUAAAAGAAGAUGGAGCUGCAAUGCGAGCUGGUGUUCAGACAGGAGACAGGAUCAUUAAGGUUAAUGGGACCUUAGUUACACAUUCAAACCACAUAGAGGUUGUAAAGCUGAUAAAAUCGGGUUCCUAUGUAGCCCUGACAGUGCUGGGGAGGCCUCCAGGGCUUCCUAAUAUCCCUCUGGAGGAGGACGAGGAGGAAAAGAAGGAGGAAGGGGCAGAGGUCAGCCCACCCUCUUCUCUCUCAGCGCCCCACUCACCUGCACUGCCAGGUGGGGAGCACAUCACCUCCUCUCUGCCUGAUGGGGAUGAGAACAAAACCACACACAGCAAGAAGGCUGACAUCUUGCAGAAGAUGCUAACCAAGGAGCAACAGGACCUACAGGCAAAAGAGGAGGAGUACAGCAGAAACCCUCGGCCUAAACUACUGAAGGAGGUCCAGGAAGCCAAGAAGCACAUUUCACUGCUGCAGCAGCAGCUCAGCAAAGCAGCAGCAGCAGCAGCAGCAGUAUUAUUACAGGAUGGAGCCACAGGGUCCAGGAAUAGUGAGGCUGAGGAGGGGGACAGUGGGCCUCCCCUGAGGGAACAGACCCAGUCCUCACCGAGUUACAGCGCUAACGAUGGGCCCUCGACCAACAAUAACUCUACGCACAGCAGCCCCCUCAUGGAGGGUCCUGGCAAAAGAGAGACGCCCUGUCAGAGCCCGGACAUCAGCCGCCGAGGUGGCCUCAACUUCUGCCAAUCGCCUGACACUGAGGACACCCCUGACACAGACUCCAGUACUCAGUGCAUUGUGGGUAGCCCUCCCUACCUCCUCAACCCCCAGAUCAUCGGAGCAGAAGAUGACUACUUUGACUCCCAGCAAGAGCAGAUUAAUGGACUGUGUAGCUGUUUCCAGAGUAUAGACUCGCUGAAGUCUCGGCCGGCUCACCUCGCAGUCUUCCUCCAUCAUGUUGUCUCGCAGUUUGACCCUGCACCUUUGCUCUGUUAUCUCUACGCUGACAUGCACAAGCAAACCAGCUCCAAAGAAAGCCGACGCUUCUUCAUAGAGUUCCACACACUCUUUAUGGAUCGAACAGCAAAUCUUAAAGUACCAGUGCCAGAGGCAGUUGCUGCUGAAGUGGAGAAGCGAAGGCUGGAGUUGAUUCCUGAGGAGCUCUGCAAACAGUACACCCAGGGGUUACAGGACACACUCCUACCAGACCUGCACAAGAACCUGGAGGACUUCAGACAGAAGCGCAGCAUGGGUCUGACUCUGGCUGAAGACGAGCUGUCCAAGCUGGACUCAGAGGGAGGAAAAGACCAACAGGCGUUGGAGAAGGAAUGCUCCUGUGCGGAACACAUCCUCUCCAAGAUAGAUGAUAUCCUGUUGACUUCACAGCCCACAGAAGAGGAGAAGUGCCAAACAAUGCAGUAUGUGAUUCUCACCUAUAUGAAGCACCUUGGGGUGAAAGUGAAGGAGCCUCGAGGCCUCGAACAUAAACGAGCACGCAUCAAUUUCCUGCCCAAGAUUAAGAAGAGUAUGAAGCCUGAGAAGGAGGGUGAGGAGAAGGUGAGAAAGCCUCGGUUUCCCAACAUCCUCGGCCCGCCUCGGCGUCUGAGCAGAGUGGACUCUACUUCAGUCGGUAAGGCCGUGGAGCUGAACAAGCAGCGGUCACCAAAGCAACUCUCUCAGCCCGCCCUCGGCAUCCCUGAGCAGUCUGACUCUUCUGCUUCGAAUUCUGGACGGAUCCGUGGUAAUCAGCUCAGUGAGGGAUCAGAUGCCAGCACGCAAUCUUUGCCCUCCAGCACCACCUCCCCUAUACACAGCUCGCCCACCGGUCAGGCCUCAGAUACUAGUGGACAAGACUCAGACUCCAAUGUGUCUCCAUUCUGCAUCCCACCAAGAGUGGGCGAGGGUCUGCAGCCUGGCGACCACCUGGAUGGCAUGUCCAGUCCAACAAGUACUCAGUUUGACUUCAGCCCCUCCAAUCUGGAGCAGUUACAGGAGGAAGACCAGGAAACGUUCAGUAGGAUGGAGGUGCAGUGUCCGGUGAGUUCAGCCGACAUUCAGAGUGAAGACGACCAGGGAGGUGAGAUGGAGUGUGAAGAAAACCCUCUGAACUGGCAGAGUCUGGUCAGUCGAGGCGUCCUGGCGAGCUUAACGCCACAGGAGAUCAAACGGCAGGAAGUCAUCAACGAGCUGUUCUACACUGAGCGCGCACACUUGCGGAUGCUGAAGGUGUUGGACUGUGUUUUCCAGCAGAGGUUGAACAGGGACAGUAUCCUCCCCCCAGAGGACAUCAAACACAUCUUUAUUAACCUGGAGGAAAUCAUUCAGCUGCAUGUUUCUGUAACAGAGCAGAUGACAGCGAUCAGGAAGAGGAGUGAGACGUCGGUGAUUGGUCAGAUUGCAGAUGAUCUCCUGGCGUGGUUCAGCGGGGAGGAAGAGGAGAAAAUAAAACGAGCAGUGGGAACGUUCUGUAGCAACCAGCCGUCUGCACUGGAGCUCAUCAAGAGCAGGCAGAAGAAAGACCAGCGGUUCACUUUAUUCAUGCAGGAAGCUGAGAGCAACCGUCUGUGUCGCAGGCUGCAGCUUAAAGACAUCAUUCCUGUAGAAAUGCAGAGAGUCACCAAGUACCCACUCCUACUGGACAAUAUUGCCAAGUACACAGGAGAUGGGGAAGAGAGGGAAAAGGUGAAGAAAGCUGCUGAAUGUUGCAAAAAGAUCCUCAACCACGUCAACCAGGCUGUCAAAGAGGCUGAGAACAAACAGAGGCUUGAGGAGUAUCAGAGAAGGUUAGACCUCUCAUCACUCAAACAGAAUGAAAACCCCAUGAUCCUGGAGCUGAGGAAUCUGGACCUGACCAAGAGGAAGAUGGUGCAUGAAGGACCUCUCUCCUGGAAAGUUAAUAAAGACAAGACAAUUGAGCUGUACACAAUCCUCCUGGAGGACAUCCUGGUUUUACUGCAGAAACAGGAUGAGCGUCUGGUCCUCAAAUUCCACGGCAAGAAUCCGGCCAGCGCCGCUGACACCAAACACAUCUUCAGCCCCAUCAUCAAGCUCAACACUGUCUUGGUUCGUCCAGUGGCCACUGACAACAAGUCUUUCUUCGUCCUAUCCAUGUCUGAAAACGGGGCUCAGAUCUACGAGCUGAUGGCUCAGACGGUGUCCGAUCAGAGAACGUGGCAGUGUCUCAUCACACAAUGUGCCGACACCAUGAAGGCCAAACCUCACAGCAGAGAUAACACACCUCCAACUCAGUCUGAUGCUGUGCGGGACGCUAUUGAGAUCAUCAAACAUGGGAUGCCCAAGGCGAGCAAAGAUCCUAACGACGCAUCAAGUGGAAGCAUCCAUUCUUCAGAUAAAGAUGCCGCCUCUUCUACAGACAUUCAAGCUCCACCGAGUAUCAACCCGUUUGAUGGCAUGAAAUCAGAAGACGAGGAAGAGGAGCUGGUCGUGGCAGACAGACAGGAGGGAGAGGAGGAUGAUGAAGAGGUGGAUGAAGCAGAACUCGAGGCUUUCCUGGACGGGCGGCUGGCAGAUGGACUGCCCUUCCUGCAGGAUGGGUCACAUCAGGGCAUCGCCGUUAAAAACCAAGAGCAUAACACAUUCAGCCUACCGUGCUCCAAAGGCGAAGAUGCUCUCAGGACAUUGGCGAUGCUGAAGCAGGCUCUUUUCAACCACAUGAUAAGCAGAGAGGCAGAGGGUGAGAAAGAGGAGACAGAGGAGAGCAAGCAGAGUGGGGCCCCUGGGUGUCAGCUGAGUGCCUCUUUGCCUGGGAGCCCAGAGGGGCCCUCUGAGAGCCGAGCAACUGCAAGCUUGCAGAAAGAAAACCCUCAGCUCCCUUCAGGACACACAGAGCUGUCUGAGUCGACUGAACGCAAUGGGGGUUUUGUGAUUCUGGAUUUCGGUGGGGGCUCCGAGGAGAGCAGCACUGAUGAUGAUGGGGGAGUGGGAGGUGACGUGGGGAUCGACAUGAGGAAACUGCUGUCCUCCUCCUCACAGGCAGGGAGCGGCUGCGGACCCAACCUCAGCAGGCAGCUUAUGACCCACCUGCGCCUCCUUCAGGCCGACCUGCAGUAUCUGAAGGAGGUGGAGAUGAAGUACAACGAGCUGCGACAAACACACAACGACACAGCUACUGACUCCGAUGACAACAAUGAUGGGAUUCAUUGAUGAAAGACUUCCUUCUCUCUCUGUCGUACGAGUUUCAUGCCACUCCUUGAUUACUUUCUUCCGGAAUAAUCUUUGACUACACUGGUGUCUCCAAAAAUAAUGGAGGCUUAAUGUCUGAUCUCCCACUUCAGGCAUGUAUCAGUGGAAGACAUUAUCCUCAUUAUUAGGAAUGUUCCACUACAAACUCAAAAUCCUUCUGAGAAGAGACUCUGUGGAAUUACCUGAGGACAGUUCAGUUGCUUUUUUUGCUAUAAUAAUAUUAAUCAACUGCAUAAAUUAUCUCAAACACUGGAGAUAUGAAAUGGAAAAAGGGUCAGCGUCAAGUGUGUGACGUCACACACAUGUACAGCAGAGAUUUAAAAACAUUAAGGAACGAAAAGACACAAUGAAGACCAGAAUAAUUCUCUGAGGACCAAGAAUGUAGAUUAUCUUGUUCAGGACUCACUGCUGUAAGCUUGAUAUAACAUACUGCAAUAAGAA